UGCGAGGGUCUCAUCAGGCGGGAGCGUCGACGCGCCGCGGCAGCGGCCGCCAGAGCCGCGGCUACCCUCAUAAUGGCCCCGAUGGCCGAAAACGUCCUCGACGUAGCUGCCGUGUACCACUCGACCACCGUACCCGCGGCCGAUGGCACAACCUACAGCUGCAUCGCCGCAAGGUCCGAGCCCACGUCCGUACUCCGGGACGUCUCGGCCCGGGUCUUUGGGGGCGAGGUGCUCGCCGUCCUCGGCUCCAAGGGCUCCGGCAAACGAGCCCUCCUCGACGUCAUUGCCGGUCGAACAGCUCGGGGCGAGACUCGGGGUCGCAUCACCCUCAACGGGAGCCUGAUGACGCCCGAGUUGUUCCGGCGGCAUGGUGCUUACGUCUCGCACCGCUGCUACCUCCUGCCGAGUCUCACGGUCCGUCAGACCUUGACCUACGCCACGUGGCUGUGCAACCACGACGGGGGUGGGAGUCGCGAGUCCAGGGUGCGCCAGACCCUGGCUGAUCUGGCGCUCUCGCAGCUGGCCAACAGGCCGGUCUCCGAGCUCACCAAGCCCGAGUACCGUAGGCUCAUGCUCGGCGUGCAGUUUGCCAAGGACCCGCUCAUCCUGCUCCUCGACGAGCCCACCUGGGACACCGACCCCCUCAACACCUACCUCAUCGUGUCGAUGCUCUGGUCGUACGCCACCAGACGAGGCUCGAUCGUAGUGCUGACGAUGGAAACGCCGCGCUCCGACGUGCUGCCCUUCGUAGCGCGCGUCACUCUGCUCUGCCUCGGGGCGGUCGUCUACUCCGGCCCGACUCGCAGUAUGCUCGACUACUUCACCUACGUGGGCUUUCCUUGUCCCGAGCUCGAGAACCCGCUCAUGUACUACCUGUGCCUGUCGACGGUGGACCGUAGAUCGCGAGAUCGGUUUUUGGAGUCGAAUCAGCAGAUAUCCGUGCUGGUGGACAAGUUCAAGGCCGAGGGUGGGGUAUUCUUGAAGGAGGCGCCCGCCUCUACCCUAGCCGGCAGUCACCUGAAGGAGUCCCAGCUCCAGACGCCAACGUCCUCUCUCAGUCCCACGCCCAUCGGCAUGACCCACAAGUCGUUGCAAAACCGCGGCAUCAGGCCCGGCUGCUUCUCGACCUUCACGGCGCUCUACCUGAGAAGCCUCGCCGCAACCUUCGCCUGCAACAAGUCGGGCGCCGUUCACUUUGGCACCAGGUUGUUUUUCUUGCCAUUCGUCCUCGCCCUCGUGAGCGUUUUCUACUCCCACUCGAAAGCCCAGCAGUCGAUGGUCUUCUUGCAGACGUCCGGCCUCGUGUUCAACGUCCUGACCUUGUUCUACGUAGCCGGGAUCUCAGUGACUGCUCUCCUGUUUCCAGGGUUUCGGGCGCGCUACUACCAGGAGAAGCGCGAGGGCCUGUACGGCGGUACGAUGUUCAUCGUGACUUAUGGGCUGCUGAGUUUGCCGCUCAGUUUCCUCUCGACCCUCAUGGGCAUGGCCAUACUGUAUCCAGUUCUCGAGAUGGGUCUGGACUCCUGGUUCAAGGCGUGCUUGGUGCUCUGGGCCUCGUUUGUCGUCAGUGAACAGCUCACCAUUGCCGCCCUCAUGCUCGUCAGGCGGCCCAUGAACGCGGCCAUCACCCUCGUCUACCUCACUCUCGCCACCCUUGCCGUUGCCUCGGGAAGCUUGCGCAGCUUGCGAAGCCUGCCCGACUUGCUCGGUUCCCUUUCCACGGCUUUGCCUGGGAGAUACGCGUCCCUGGCUCUCAACCAGUUGGCCUUGGAGGUGGACGCUUUUAAGAAUCUCAACUACAACGACAGCGUCACCUGUCCCGGGAGCCAGGAGCUGUGCAGGUACAAGGACGGCUACGCUUAUCUCAGAGAAAGAUUCACCAAGGAGACCGAGAACACGUUGCAGGUUCUCAACGUCGAGCUUAAUCUACUGAUCUCGCUCGCCUUCUCGGUGGGCCUCGUCAUUUUCAACAGCGUGCUCUACUUUCUGCCACUACCAGCUACCGUCAAGGCCAAAUUUCGAGAGUAA